CCCGCCCGGCGGCGGCAGGAUGAGCGGGCGGCGGGUGGACGCGAAGGUGGUGCUGCUGGGGCAGGAGGGGGUGGGCAAGAGCAGCCUGGUGGAGCGCUGCGCGCACGGCCGCUUCCGACCCGGGCCCUACCAGAACACGAUCGGGGCCGCCUUUGUGGCCAAGGUGUUGUCCGUGGGGGACCAGAUGGUGACCCUGGGCAUCUGGGACACGGCCGGCUCGGAGCGCUACGAGGCCAUGAGCCGCAUCUACUACCGCGGGGCACGGGCCGCCGUGGUCUGCUACGAUCUCACCGACAGCAGCAGUUUCCAGCGAGCCAAAUUCUGGGUGAACGAGCUGCAGAACUGCGAGGAGGGCUGCCGGAUCUACCUGUGUGGCACCAAGAGGGACCUGCUGGAGGAGGACAGGAGGAAGCGGGGGAUCGACUUCCACGAUGUGCAGGACUAUGCAGAUGAGAUCAAGGCAGAGCUUUUCGAGACCUCCAGUAAGACAGGCCAGAGUGUGGAUGAGCUGUUCCAGAAGGUGGCUGAGGACUAUGUCAACUUCACCUCCUUCCAGAUGAUGACAGAGGAGAAGGGCGUUGACCUGAGCCAGAGGAGCAGUACCUACUUCUACAGCUGCUGCCACCACUGAGACCUCCUGCCAAAAGGGAACCACUGCUGCUAGCCAGGCAGCCGGUGGGUGCCAGGCUCCUGGUGUUUUUUACCUGCUGUGUUUUAGCUGUUCAGGCCCGUCCGCGACGCGGCACAAGGCGGCCUUGUGGACUGUUCCCUCCCGGCGUGCAGAGCGUGGCUGUGCCGGGAGCCUCCUUCGACACCGGGAGCUGUGGCUGGGCUGUCACCGCUGGGGACCCUCUCCCUGCCACCCGGCCUUUGUGGGAGCUGCUUCCCCGAGUCACUGCUGUGGCCCAGCAGCGACCAUUAACUUAUUAUCUUGGAGAUGCUGCCUGAUUCUUUGCAGAUUUAUUUAAGCAUCUUCUCUCCAGGUGUACAAUGUAAAUAAAACGCAUUGUGGUCUGA